AUGUCAAGAUACCCUCUGCGCAACAGGACCGCCAGCCAGGCUGCGCCUAGCAAUGGCGAGUCCGAACUUUCCUCCCCGCAUGCUGAUCCCAUUUCUCUAGAACCAUCUCCGACCCUUGGAGCCUCUACCCUGAACAACGAGCGUUCAUACGCUGACGUUGCUGGGGCACGCGUACUAGCCGCAAAUCGGAGUGCAGCUGAUGCUUCACGCGUUGGUAACGAUGUUGCCGACGGUGGAAUGAGUCAUGACGACGCCGCUAAUCCUGAUGCAGGAAUAGCAAGAAACAUUGAACCUCAGGAUGGGGUCAAUGAGUCAGACAACGGUGGACAGUGGAUCCCCGUUGGUAGAGGAUGCCGUCGCCAUAGUGCGCCCUCGAUAGAUAGACUAAGAUCCGGCGUUAGUCCAAUAUCCUCUAACAAUACAAUUGAUUUGGCAUAUGAAAACCUAACAAACUCCCAGAGGAAAAUCCUGGAACGUCGUGAGCGCCUUCUAAGAUCGAACGACCCUGAUGUUCCUGAACAAAGAGUCGAGCCGAAUAUUGAACCUUCUGGUGAUAAAGGCAAAUACCCCGAUCCUCGCAAUUGGGGAGAUGUUGAUUUCGACGGAGAAAACCUGGACCCAGAAGCCCAAGCUGAAGCAUUGAAGCUGUAUAAUUUACUUCUGAAACGAAAUAAGAAUAAAAAGUUAUUCCAAGAACCUGAGGUUUUGACCCGGAACAACCAAACUGACCCACCUGCCGUUGAUCCGGAUGUUGUAUCGCUGAAACAGCGAAUGGCGGAACUAGAGGCUGAAAAUAAUCAGUUGCGACGGCUCACUCGUUCGUCACGCACCCCGGUCACCGAAGGAAUUCGCGAUCACAUCGAGAAAUCUACCAAAAAGGCAAAACAGAAAUUAGCUGAGCCCAGAAUCUCUCGAAAAUCAAAUUACUUGCCCAGCCAGCAGAUUCCCGCUGGAAGUUUCGUUGGAAAGGCUUUGAAAAGUCUAGCGGAUCGCAAACACCACCGGCCUGAGGACCCUGAUGACAGUAGCGAGUCUUCCAGCACCAGCGCGUCAUCCUCUAAUGGAUCAUCUGACUCCUCGCGGAACGCUCGACGAAAGAAGCGCUCCAAGAAGAAACGACACGCUAAGAAAAAGGGAAAAUCUCUGUUGAAACCAGUUCCCCCCAAACGAUACAAUGGGGAAGCUAACCUGACACUUGUAUAUCGGUUUAUGACCGAAAGCAUCGCCUAUCUUGAACAAGGGGAAGUAGACGAAGAAUACUGGAUCCGAACAAUCGCGUCGUUCCUAGAAGGGACAGUGUAUGAUUUCUACGCCCAACAAGUGUCCCUAAACAUAGCUGAAUGGACGAUUGAUGAGUUUUUCGAAGGACUGAUAGAUACCUGCUUUCCCGCCGAUCUCCUGGAGCAAACUAGACAGGAGAUUGACUCCUUCACUCAGGGCUCCCGUUCUGUUAAGGACUAUGCGGCGGUCCUGAAACAGAAAUUUGAAAUCGUCGGUACCAUUGGUGAACAGGAACGUGUCGUGAAACUUUGGAACAGCAUGAAAUCCUCCAUCCGCGCUGAGCUCUACCGAGAAAGGCUGAAUCCUAACGUAUCCAGUUGGGCUGACGUGGUCGCUGCGGCCGAAAUGUUGGAAAUGGUGGAAAAUGUUCGAUACGGCCGUCACAACCGCCGGACUCCUGGGUCAACAGGGGAAACAGGGGAUGGUCAGGACAAUAAACACCGGUCGCAAAAAGGCAACCGCGCCACCCGAUUUAGAAGCGAUCCAAACAAAGGGGAUAGGAGCACCCCUGGUGGACCAUCAGGCAGUGGCAACCAUCCCCCUCCCUGGAGGAAAGACCCACGUCCAAAGAAUCCUCACCAUCGUACGGACAAAGGAGGAACCAAGGCGCCCAAUUCGCUGACAACAAAGGAGCUCGAUGAACUCCGAAAGGCUGUCAAAUGCUUCCGAUGUAGAGGGGAUGGACAUAUGGCGAAGGAAUGCCCCUUGCUGGACUCUGUGAAGUCUUCAAAUGGAAGUCGUCCUCCAGGCCUUCCAUCUCAUGCAGUGGAUAUUGACUUCGAAGCCCACGAAAAACUAGCUGACCAGGAAGAUGAAGUAUUGCACGAACUAGAGUUCAAUGCUACCCACCUCCAUACCCAUCAAGGAGUCGAGACGGCACCAGAAACCCUUGAUGACCUGAUGGGGAUGAAGGCUGACAUAUCAGCUGAAGAUGACAUGACCAAACCCCCAGUACUGCCACGCAGCUGGGACAAAUACGUUCCGAUGGGUGAUCAAGCCUUGAUUGCCUGCCGUGCCGCCCUGGAAGAUCUGGGCAAGAUCCUUGGUUUCCCCGGGGACACUGAGUUCCCUUUCCCAUCCAGGCCUAGAUGGCACUAUCGAGGACGUACAACCACUAGGUUUUCGAUUAGACGAAUAUCUAAUUCUGAUGCAUUAAUCACUGACCGAUGGCAGAACAAUCGCCGAACCCCAAUCCCGUAUCACCUUCUAUGGGAUCCUGAGUUUAACCUCCCCCAUUGGUACGCUGUACGAUGCUGCAAGUUCUUCGGGCUCCCCAAGAGCGUAGCAUCUUGUCUGAUAAGCCCCGGCCCAAUCCCGGACAUUCUCAGAGAAGCCGCGAUUAUCCACCUCCAACGAAACACACCGUUUCGCGGAGACGAAGAAUUCAACCUAGAUCAUCCUAAUGCAAGAUUCAGUAUCGGUUACCAUGCGGAAGACCCAGACAACUACUUCAUAGAAGAUGAAUAUCGAAAUCUCCGUUUCAUGAUUUCUCGAUUGCUCCUCGCUAACGAACGAUUCAACCUGGUCAGAUGGUACAACAAGCGAUUAUCUGAAUUAACCAGUCAGCAACAGAACGAACUUCGGAGAGACGAAGUCUAUCUUAGCCUCGCAAACCUCUUCUAUCCUAAGGACACUGAAGAAUGGAUAGUACCCGACCCCACCACUGUCCGAACAUUAUUGAUAGGCCCCAACCUUCACAUUGAACUUGAAAAAGCCGAAGACUCGAGUAUCCUCGUAAACGUAAUCGAUCUCCAUGGCCAACAGAUUGAGCGAGGAACAUACCCAGCCCUGCAACGAAACGCUGCAAUAACCAGAGACGCCACCAGAGUCGUACCCAAGCCAAUUGUGGUUACGGUCCACAUAAACGGACAUCCAGUACGCGCUCUCCUGGACUCCGGCUCGCUAGGGGACUUCUUGUCAACCACGGUGGUUGAGCAGCUGGGACUCCGCAAAAUCGAGCUUCAAACUCCUUUAGCUCUUCAGUUGGCCGUCCAGGGAUCCCGAUCCAAGAUAAACUUCGGAUGCAAGGUCCAACUAGCCUAUCAAAACUCAGUCUCAGAAAGAUACUUCGACGUAGCCAACAUCGCGAACUAUGAUGUGAUAUUAGGUUUGAAUGCCCCUCAACCCCUGAACAGCGAAGGAGUAACCAAGCUGUCUUCACGAUCAGUCCAAUUGGUCGAGAGCAACCUAGAAAAGGCACGUCAGCAUCUAACUGAUUAUGCUAAACCUUCGUGCUUACGUGCCGCAGAUACUCCAUUCCCCCCAUUACGGGAUAUCAACCACACAAUUCCGUUAAUCGACGAAAACAAAGUGUACCACUGGCACCCCGCCCGAUGCCCAGAUCCACUAUGA